AUGGUACUGGCCUUCAACUCGAGUCUUCCCAUCGACGUACUCCCGCCAUUAUCAGGCGAUUAUAGCUUCGAUAUCACAAAUUUACAAAAUUUCUUGGAGCACUUGUUUCGGCCACAGAUCGACACAAGCUUUGUCGAUCAAAUCUACCUCUGCAUUGGCAUUAUGGCUUUUCUGCUGAUCGUCAAUGCAGCUCUUGUGCUUCAUCGCCUUUUGCACGGACGAGCAUGGGUUUUCAAGCUGUGGCACGUCGCAGGCGGUACAUUUGUCAUUCCAAAUGCCGUCUUUGCUUUUCUGCUUUGUGUAGCGGGCUUCGGUUUCGUCUGGAUGGCGUAUGCUAUUCUCUCGAUACAGCACUAUCGCAAGUAUACCUUUGAAUGGUGCUACUACCCUUGGAAAGUUCUCAUCUGGACUCCGCUCUGGACAGGCAGCUGGUUGACGAGCUUUGGCCUUGUCAGCGCAUUUCCCGACGCUUUGACACGCAAAAUAGACGGCAGUAAGCAGAAGAGGCUCAUCCUGAGCCCUUCUGCUUUCAACAUCGCGUGUUGGGGAACGCCCUUGCUGCAGCUAUGUAGCAUCUUACCUCUUUCCCUCAUCGCUGGACGACACAAUGCCGCUGCUGCCUCUGACUUUGCUCGAUGGCUUGAGGACGUUCGUGUCGAGUCACAACAAGACAUUGCUGAAACGAUCGCCAUGCAGCUGCGCAUCCGUGCAAUGGAUCUCUGGCUGGAAAUGACCAAGGUGUACUGGUACGUGGCUGUGAUCAUGACAUGCUGGUGUGCUUGGGCGAUCGUAGCUCUGCUAGCAUAUGUGCCAAUUGGAGCGCACGUGCUUGUACGUAUUCGUCGACAGCUCGAACACGAACGAUCCAAAAAACAGACGGCAGCCGGAUACGCCACGCCGUCAGAGCUCGAAACCGGCGUGAAACUUGGUUGCGAUCCGCUAGGCACGCUGACUCCAAGCUCUUGCAUUGACCUGAGUACAAGUCGUGUCUAUCCAGCCAUGCGUGAGCAUCCAUUCGGAUGCUCGAAAAGCGCAAAAAGGCUCAGGACAGCAGAGGAGCGCCUGGUUCGCAAUCUCAAGCGGCUUCACCAGAAUCUCUUCAUUCAGUAUCUUGGUGUUUCCGCCGCCAUCUUCUGCUUCUUCGUCGCCUCUGGUGCGGACGCUGUUUUCGUCUAUGACGCGUCUCGCUAUGGCGAUGCUAUUAGGGUCGAAAUCGCGGCAAAUCUGUUCGCAGCCUGGACCGUGGUGGUAUUUGCAUCCCUCACCUUCUUCUGCAUCUUUCGACGCUCCUUUGACCCUUCGCUUAGCGUCGACUUUUCGGAUGGCGUUUCGUCGCCCAUCGCCCCUGGCUCUGUGGUUGAAGUUGUGAGAAAGGUUUUCUCAUCACUGUGCAACAAGAACUCAAGAUCCGCCACUCCAGAUGUCGCAGCUAAAGGACUAGUGCCAUGCCAUGCGCCGGUGCACAAUCACUGCCAGGUAGUUUGCUCUCAGGUGUUUCUCAUUUCAAGCUCUGGACGGUCGACACCUUCUCUCGAACCAAAUAACAGAGACUUGCAACUCAGAUCUGGCUGCGCUCCACAAAAUACGGAGCUCUCAGCGGGCAGUCCAACAGCAUUUCUUCAGUCCGUUGCAAAGACGUCUUCCGAAAGCAAGUUCGAGAAUGACCCACGUACCCUCGAACUCUAUUACGCGACGCCCUUUGGCAAUGUGCCUGCGGUCACGACGCCUGCUGUACGGUUCACCCAGCGCAGAUCGUCAGUACACGUUGUUUCUCCAACAAGGCAGCACGUAGCGUGCUGUGAUCUUGAAGAGCUUCCGCAAGUGGCACCCCUCAACGGUGGCCAGAUAGAGAGAAACGAUUUCUUACGCAACGCAUUCUUUUCGAGUUUUUGGCUUGGGGAUGAGACACAACCGAAGAGCUCGAGCCUGUCGAAAAGAGUGGCAGUGGCAUCAUCUGAGUGCCCAGGCCAUUCGGCCAAAAUCAGAAGACCCGCGACGGCAGAAACAAUCGCGUCACACCGGAACCGAGCCACUCCCCACCUUAUUAGGAGCCAUUCUACCUCAAGUACCCGGUUGUCUCAUCUUGACACCAACCCAUGA